GAAUGUUUAGAGCUUUAAGAAUUUUAUCAAAUGCAACUUCUAAAAUAUUAUGUUCAACUUUAAUUUUAAAAGAUAGUUUACAAAUUACACCUGCUAUCGAAAAACAAAAAGCUCACAAAGCACCAAUAUGGGCGGUUCGCUGGUCACCAACCGGCAAUGUGGUUGCUUCCGGAGGUUUAGACAAUGAAAUCAAAAUCUGGGAUGCAGAAACUGGAGAAUAUUAUCGUACUCUUGAGGGACAUAUAUUAGCUAUUACGGGUUUAGAUAUUAAUGUAACAGGCGAAGCUCUCAUCUCAAUUUCAUUCGAUAAUACUAUUAAAAGAUGGAGUAUAUUAGACGGUGCUUUGAUAAAUGACAUAGAAACCAAACCGGGGAAAGUCUGUUGUGGACAAUAUACUAAAGAUGGAAAUUACUUCGCCACUGCAUCACAACAGGGAACUAUUGAUCUCAGAAAAGAUUCUGAUCUUGAAGAAAUCAUCAGAACUUAUACUUCUGAGGGAAAAUAUGGUUUAUGUUGCCGUUUUAGUCCUGAUAACACUGUUCUGGCGCUUGGCACUGAUAACGAUAAAAUUUAUUUGUUCGAUGUUGAAAGUGCGAGAAUGGUUCAUAAAUUGACUGGACAUUCAGGAAAUCCUAUACGUUCUUUGGAUUUUACUUCGGAUGGAAAACAUCUAAUUUCUGGAUCUGACGACGAAACCAUUAAUAUUUAUGAUGUGAAACAUGGUAAUCAAAUAUCAAAAUGUACUGGUCACGAAGGAUAUGUUAUGUGUGUUGCAGCUGCCAGUGAUAAUAAACAUUUUGUAAGCGGAUCAACCGAUUGUAAGAUUAAAUUAUGGCAACUUCCUGAAAAAAAUGAGAAAGCGCAACUUGUUGAAACAAUUGAAGAGCAUAAAGAAGCGGUUUCUUGUAUUUCAUGGAAUCCAGAUGGUAAUAAGUUUGUAGUUG